GGACUAAUGACGUCAACAGCGGAGACCCAAUCGAAACCUGUGACGGGGUAUCCGGCGGGGUAUCCACCGGCGGCGGCGUCAAGCUAUCACUCCACCGGCGGUUACCCAAACACCAACGCAGGCACAGCUUACCCAUACGCAGCUCCACCGCCAGGGCCAGGCCCAUACUACAAUCCAUCCUCUUAUGGCUACGACCAGCAGCGUCGACGCGCCACUUUCCUCCGCCGUUUGAUAAUCAUAGCCAUAGCUUUGGUUGUCAUCAUUGGUUGCAUCACCUUCAUCACCUGGCUCGUCCUCCGCCCUCGUGUUCCCGAGUUCCAACUCGACUCAGCCUCCGUUUCCUCCUUCAACGUCUCCUCAUCUGACCUAACCGCCAAUUGGGAUCUGGCCUUCACUGUUCGAAACCCUAACAAGAAGUUGAUCGUUUUUUACGACAGCUUCGACGGUUACGUGUUCUACGGACGCGCACAACUCGCCGAGACGUCGCUGCCACCGUUCUAUCAGGGGAAGAGGAACCAGACCACAGUGCAGGCGAAGUUCGCGGCCGCGUCGACGUAUGUUAACGACUACGUUGCUAGCUCCAUUGCAGCGGAUCGGAGCCAAGGGGCUGUGAGCUUCAAUGUGAGGCUGGUGACUUGGGUUAGGUUUAAAUCCGGGCUGUGGAGGACUAGGAGGCAUUGGAUGUCUGUUCUCUGUAGAAACGUCAGGGUCUCAUUUUCAUCCAAUUCUCGGGUUGGGUCGUUGUCCGGUGGAUCUAGAGAAUGUGACGUUUAUCUGUGAGUCGAAGAUGUCUUCUUAUUCAGGUUAAUCAGCUAUAGGGAUUUCUCUGAUAGUAUGUAAUAAUACUUUUAAUGGUUCAAUAGUUUCUUGUUCUUCCCCCACCAAAUCACUUUU